CCCAAGAAAUAAAAGUCACUGAAAAAAAUAAUAAAAGAAGCGGUAAAGCGUCGUCACAAGGAAGGAAGACAAAACAACUAACGCCUCCUCCAUUAUUGUCCGAAUCUUCUUCGCGUCUCUCAACAACACCACCACCACCACCUCUCUAAUGAUUCUCCUAUAGAAGAAGAGUCCCUCAAAAAAACUCACAAUCAUGUUUCCAUGAUCUCUUCUUUAGAUCUCACCGCAUGACGAUCCGGAGUUUGAUCCAGGAGAUGCGGUCGAGACCGCACCGCGUGGUCCACGAAGCAGCAGCCUCCUCCUCGACUGCUCCUGGUUCGGAGCCGUUCCGGUGGUCGGAGCUCCCCGACGAGCUGCUGAGAGAGAUCUUGAUCAGAGUCGAGUCGGCGGACGGCGGCGACUGGCCGUCUCGGCGAAGCGUGGUGGCUUGCGCCGGUGUGUGCCGUGUAUGGAGGAUGAUAGUGAAGGAGAUCGUGGCUGUUCCUGAAGUCUCCUCUAAAUUGACUUUCCCAAUCUCUCUCGAGCAGCCUGGUCCAAGGGGUUCACUAGUUCAAUGCUUCAUAAAACGUAACCGGAACACACAAUCCUAUCAUCUCUAUCUCGGGUUAACUAACUCUUUGACUGAUAACGGGAAGUUUCUUCUUGCCGCUUGUAAGCUGAAGCGUGCAACUUGCACUGAUUACAUCAUCUCUUUGCGCUCAGACGAUAUGUCAAGGAGAAGCAACGCAUAUCUCGGUAGAGUAAGAUCGAACUUCAUUGGAACAAAGUUCACUGUCUUCCAAGGUAAUCUGAUGCCACAGAGAUCAUCAAAGAUGGUGAAGAGCCGCUCUUCUAAUCUCAUGAAAGUUUCUCCUAGAGCUCCUUCAGGAAGUUACCCCGUUGCUCACGUUUCCUACGAGUUAAACGUCUUAGGCUCCAGGGGACCAAGAAGAAUGCGUUGCAUAAUGGAUACAUUACCUAUGAGUCUCAUAGAUCCCCGAGGAGCAGCUUCUUCAACAACACCGUUCUUUAGGUCUCACUCAAGCAGCAACAACAACAACUCGAGAGACCCACCAUUGGUGCUGAGCAAUAAGACUCCAAGAUGGCACGAGCAGCUACGUUGCUGGUGCUUAAAUUUCCACGGUCGAGUCACGGUGGCCUCUGUCAAGAACUUCCAGCUUGUGUCGGUCGGCGAUAGGGAAACAGGGCAGGCGUCUGAAGCGUCUGAGAGGAUUAUACUCCAGUUCGGGAAAGUUGGAAAGGACAUGUUCACCAUGGAUUAUGGAUAUCCCAUUUCUGCGUUUCAAGCGUUUGCGAUUUGCCUGAGCAGUUUUGAGACCAGAAUCGCUUGUGAAUGAUAAAAAGUGACCAAAACCUUAAAACACACCUCUUUAUGUAACUUAUUGUUGUUGUCUAUAAAUGGUGAUAUACAGGACC